AUGAACUACUACCUAUUGAGGUGUGGUUCUAACGGCAAAUACCAGUUAGGACUUGGUGAUGACGAGGAUAAAGACCACUUGGUGGAGGAGAAACUAAAUUGGGAACCCUCCAAGAUUGCUUGUGGCGGCAACCACACCUUGGUCUUGUCAACCGAUGGAUAUAUAUAUGGUUGUGGAGACAACUCCAAGGGACAAUGCGGGAUUGAUGACGUCCCAGUCGUCCCCAAUUUAACAGCAGUUCCAAAGGUUGGGGGUUCAGACUGGACUGAUGUAGCGGCCGGAUGGCAGUUUAGCUUACUUUUGAAUGAAAACAGAGAAUUAUGGGUCUGUGGGGAAGGUUUUAGUGGGGAGUUGGGGCUAGGAAAGAAAAUGUACCAGACGAAGCUCACCAAAAUCCCUGGUAUUUGGGAUAUUGACCAGAUAGAGACGUCCAUUCAUUCGGUUAUGAUCAAGUUAAAAGGUGGCCAGUUGUAUGGAUGGGGGAAUAAUAGAAAAGGGCUCUUAAAUCUAGAUUCAGAUAGAAUAAUAUGGGAGCCUCAAUUGAUUGAUGAACAGGUCAAACAAGUCUCUUUGGCAAGAUCCUUCUCUGUUGUGGUAAAGGAAGGUUCCCUAAGUGUUAAAGGAAAAACAGAUAUUCAGUGUAAACUAGAUCCAAAGGAAAUUAGUUUCCUCUCUACCAUGUGGAGCUCACUGCAUUUCAUUGAAAAAAACAAGUUGCAUUCUAUGGGAAACAACUCACAUGGUCAAAUCUUUUAUGACGGACUUUCGGUUGAGAAUAUCGAACAAAUAUCUCUCGGUAGUGAGCAUGGAUUGAUACUCUACGCCAAUCAUUCUGUCUCUGCUUGGGGUUGGGGUGAACAUGGCAAUUGUGGUCAGAAACCAAUAGAAAAUAAAGACAGACCAACAGACGAACAAGUUACGUACUCAUUAAACGAGAUUUACAACGGAAGCCGUCCUGUCAAGUUUAUCCAGGGCGGUUGCGCUACAAGUUGGAUAGUUGUAAGUGAUGUAUCGUGA